GAGUCCGUGGGGGGAAAGAAUAGACUGUUCUCUUUGAUCCUUCCAAUAUAGAGUAUCAUGAUUGCAGAACAUCGUAUGAUUUGUUAAACUGUUAAAGAAAGUGCUUUCCUAAGAUGCAGAAUUUUAGAAGAAUUGCAAUUUAUAGAAAUGCUUACAAGAGCAUGUGUAAUGUAUUAGUAUGCCAUCUGUCGUCGUUUCAGAAUUUAGGAGGUGGGGUUGACCAUGGAAGUAGAGAGGGCAGGUGGUUCACUCCAGGUGAGAUUGGAGACAUGUCGAGACGCGAGCUUCAAGCUUGGUGCAAGAAACUUGGCAUCCCUGCAAAUACAAAAACCAUCAAAAUGCAAGCUGAUCUUUUAGACUUCUAUCAAAAUAUUUUAUCCAAUUCAUACAUUCUAAAUUAUCCGUUCAAUCCAAUGCAAAGUUCAAGCUUGUAUCCUGGCAACAUGAUGAGAGGUGCUAGGCAGGAAAAACUUCUUUUCUACAACAGCUCAAACGCCAAACUAUUGUCAGAUACAGCACAAGUGCGAUACUUUAAAAAUAAGUCAUGCAUGGGUGAAGAAAGUAUAUAUGAAGAUGCUGAUUGCUAUUUGGAUCAACUUAAACCAAGUGAGCCUGAAAUAGGGCUGCCAAGUGUUAGCAAAAUCCUGCGAAGCACAGCUCCCAAGAGCAAACUCUUUGCAAUAUCCUGUUGGACUAAGCAGCAGAAAGAACUUCUUGGAGAGGAUGGUUUCAGACAAAAAAUGAAUGAAAUAAAAAAGAAGGGAACAGAUUUCCAUCAUUUUAUUCAUCGAUGUUUAAUAGGGAAACAGUUACAUGAUGAUAUACCUGAAAAGUUGCAAGGGUAUCUCACAAGUGCCAGGACAGUUUUUGGCGAGUUGGGUGAUGCCAUUGCAAGCGAGAAGUGUGUUUCUCAUGCAAACCUUGGCUAUCAUGGCAAGUUUGACACAUUGGCGUGUUACCAUGGCAAUCCUUGUAUCAUUGAAUGGAAGACAUCACAACAGAAAAAGUCAACUUUGAAAGAUUGUGGUGAGCAUCCUUUGCAAAUGGUAGCCUAUGCCGGGGCAAUUAACAGCGACCUGACAAAUGGGCUUCAGGUUUGGCAUGGUCUGCUUGUCUAUGUUUACGAAGAUGGUUCACCUGCUGAUGUGCAUUUCCUGGAUUUAAAACAAUGCAAAGGUUUUUGGCAGGACUGGCUUGUGAGGUUAUUCAAAUUUAGACGUCAGUAGCUAUAUAUUGACUAAAGACAUUAAACAAAAUAUUUUCUAUUUCAAACAUUUUUUCAUAUGAAAAGGUUUAUACAAACAUUA